CGACCGAGUUCGGUGGCCCCGUCGGAGCGGACGGAGCGUUCGGAGCGUUUUCGGGCAGUUUCGCAAGACGCGCUGCCGGACGACGUCGAGCUCGUCGGCCGCGAUUGACGUCAUCCCGUCUCGUCUCUCGCUCCGAAAUAUGAGCGCCGGUGACAGAAGUCGCGCUCUCGCGUCGUGCCGUCGUCGUCGUCGCUGUGUCAGCGCGGAGCGCGUGACCGUGUGAGGAAGACGAAGAGGAGGAGGAGGAGGAGGAGGAGGAGGAGGAGGAAGAAGAAGAAGAAAAAGAAGAAGAAGAAGAGAAGGCGGAGGAGGAUAACGUCGCAGCGAAGCGCCGCGAGAAGGUACCGGGGACUGAAGCGAUGUCAAAGAAGACAAGCUGCAAGAUGUUGGUCCAUCAAGUGUCGGCCGUGUUGCCAGAUGACAGACCAAUAACUGCUAUUAGUGUUGUGGAAGACUUGGACAAAUGUCCACCCAACUUCACAGUGGUAUCGAGAACUUACGAUCAGGACACCGACGCCGAUCUGUGGCGGGAGAGCGGACUGUUCAUCAAGAAGAAGGGUAGAUAUAUCUGCUUCUCCAAGACUGAGGGCCAGCCUGACUGCGUGGUCGAGGAUAUCGUGGUGAUUAACGAGCGGGACACUCCGCCGGAAGGGUACAGCAUGAUCUCCUACACCGUGGAUUCGAGGCAGAAGGCGUGGCGCAAGAAACAGGUGUGCUACAAAAUUAGGAGUAAGGACCUGUGCGCGAAAGCGGUCACGGAUAUAAUAAUCUGCAGCAGGAUAAUCCACAAGGACUCCAAGCUGGCCCCCAUCGGGUUUUCCGCCGCUGGAAUCAUAAACGGCGUACGUGUGUGCUACAAGACGGUCGAUAUCACAAAUGCGAAUUCGGAUUCGCGGUCGUACGUUAAUAUAGAAUUUUAUGGUUCUUCCAGCUUACUGGAAAACCCUUCUCCGAAUCCGUCGAAUGGAACCUUUCACAGGCCAGUCCCCGAGAGGCCCCCGAAACCAAAGUUCUCACCAAAACCACCGACCAACGGGAUUUAUCCGCAAAUCGCGGCUAACAAGGACGACGAGCUCGGCGAUCGAGAUUACGAGGUCUUGAGUCCUAACGCGAGGAUCAGGCCCACGAGGCCCGCGCCCCAGCCGCCCAUGUCUACGCCAUCGGCCGUCACAUCCACGCCCAUUUACGGUACACUUCCAGGAUCGUCCGAUCUCGACGGAGUUCCGUUCGUGCUUAAUCCUCGUCUUACUACUAAUCACCUUGAUUCUGCCAAUAACAAACUUCCUGUUAUCAAAGUGUGGACGCAAAAGGACUUGGAUAGAGAGUUCUUUUAUGACUUUCGUGCGGAAAGAGAAACUUGAAAGACGACGGCGUGCCAAAACUAAUUCGAGUUCCCGAGCGAUCUCUUUCCGCCGUGUUCGUACGCGUUCGUAACCGAUAUAAUGCUAGCCAACAAGCGUAAAUGGAGUGCCUGAACGAGUGAUUUAUACUAACCCGCGAGAGAAUGAAGCCUGCAUGACGCUUAAAAUGGGGAUUGUGUAAUGUUCAAGAAGGAAUAAGAUAAAAGAACUAAUUCGAUACGUACGCGUUUCUUCUUCCACGCCCCCAUAUUUACAUUUUGAUACUGGUGAUAACGUUGUCAUAUUUUUAUAGACUUGCGUUAUAUUUUGAUAGAUAGUAGAGAUUGUAUAUAUAAAAUAUAUGUACACACGAUUGUAUUAUAAUACGAGAUCUUCUGCGCAACUUCAUAUCGCAUAUCUACGCUUUUAAACACGCAUACCGCUGUUGAGCGUGGCAUCGCGUUCUCGCUGCACAUUUAGCGCUUGACGCGGCGAUUCAAAUGCGUGGCGAGAGUGCAUGCCGCAAAGAGCCAUUUAAUUCUUUUGCUCUUCCCACCUUCUUAUUUUUUUUUCGAAACGAUGAUUCUUUGCGAUGUAAAGACUCGAAUGUUUAUCUCGUAAGUUUUCUUCAAAGUGCUGCUUGCCUUUCUUUACCUGCAAUAAAGUAUUAUUACAAUAUCUUUUUUGUUUAUAUAUACUCACGUUUCGUGAUCUGUAAUUCUGUUUAAAAGUAUGUAUAUAACGUGUACCGAGAAAAAGCCCUAAAUUUUUUUUUCGAUAUCGACUCAACACGACGUUUAAUCUUUCAAUUGAGUUUUUCGUUCUAUUCGUCGGUAAAUUCGUACCUUACGUAAAUUUCUAUUCGAUCGCACACGCGUACGUGAAUGUAAUUUAAGAUAGAAACUUGUAUGUUAAACAAUAAUUUAAUAAAAGACGGUCGAACUAUCAA